UGUUUUAUCGACUGUUCUACAACCAACGUCUGUGAUUGCAGACACCAAGCACUGUUGCGCCGACGAGUAUUUUAUCAUCGGGUUCCCUCUUCCUGUCGUCCGUCGCCUGUGUCCACUCCUAGCUCUACCUACUUUGAGAGUAGUUCCUCCCUACCUACCUGGCCAGUCCGGUGGACACUAGCAUUUGUGGAUUCAAGUCAAGUUAAUUUCGGCCCACCGUAUGCAAUCAAGUCGAUUCUGCCGCUUGCCGUACUGUGAUUACGUCGUAUUGUACCGCAGGCUGAAUCCCGCGUUCCCCACGUUCAGCCAAACGACCAAACGGCUGGAAUCGACAUCACCAACCUCAAAUUGAAGUGACAUAACACACCGAUCGGCUGCUGUACCUGCCAACGGGCGUGUCUUCUGUGCAACCACGCAGAUAUCCGUUUGGUUUGUUUUCAGUUGGAAGAACUUGGAGUAUUCUGCGCCUUGAUCAGACACCGAACUGCGUCGAGCGAAAUCAGAAACCGUCUUGCAACCAACAAUCGUCGGCGGCGCCAACGAGCAUGGCCGUGACGGAGAGCACCCCCCUCUGUGCGACGGAAACACUCAUUUCGAAACGAAAGCGACGCCAUUAUCGCACUUCAGUCGUCCCCAUACACUGGCAGCUUCGGUCAUUAAUCGGUAGUGGUCGCGAUGGGGUCAUUUAUUUCGCCACUGGCAAUGGAAACCUCCACCUACAACGGCUAGACACCAAGUCUCUCGAGACCGAAACCAUACAGCUUCUAUCCUUCUCUCCCCGCUGUCUUGUGGCUCAAAAUGGAUGGGUUUGCUGCGGCGGGGAGACGGGGGAGUUUGUUGCGGUGCAGGUCGAACCUCAAACCUCUAAUCGCAGAGGCUCCUUGCCUGGUCGAAAUUCUUCCCCUAUACCUUUCCCUACGGGCAGAUCCGACGCAUCAAUGAUACAAUUCCCACGUUCCCACCUUAUUGCACCUAUGCCACGGAAUAAGGUGUACGGCAAGGAGCGCGUCAAUUGUAUAACUCUAUGGUUCCCGCCCAACUACGUACGACCGCACGAAUGUGCUUACAAGUCGCCGGUUGCUGUGCUAGCAAAUAACGAUAAACACGUCACUAUUGUUGAUCUCUAUACCAUGGAUAGUAUGGACACUUUACAGUACCCAGACUGUGUGAACCGAGCACUCAUCUCUCCCGACGGACAGCUCCUCGUUGCGGUCGGCGACGACCCAUAUCUCUAUGUUCAUGAGCGCACCAAUACGCCCGAAAACAGCCUGGAGGAAGAUGUAUCGAUGGAGCGGUCCAUAUCCUCUUGGCAGCUAGUGCAAAAGGUCCAUUUGAAAAGCCAGCGGAAGCACGACAAAUCAGAUCAUCGCGGCAGUUUUGCGGCUUGCUUCUCUAACACUGGGUCAUAUCUCGCAAUAGGGACACAGUAUGGCAUGAUUUCUAUUUUUGAAACUUCUGCCAUAUUGGAACAUGGGGAAGACGCGCUUCGCGCUUACUUUCCCUCUUCAAGGCCAGCAGUCGAGAAUGCCUCUCCUCAUGACCCUCUCUCGGCCCUGGGUGCAGUGCGGGAGAUGGCAUUUUCCCCUGGCCCACAUGACAUUCUGGCGUGGUCAGAGGACCGCGGCCGCGCAGGGGUCGCAGACUUGCGCUCCGGAUUCGCUACACGUCAAAUUCUCUAUCUCGAUGGGGAAGAUAAGGCAACAGAGCAUUUGGAUAUAGCUGACAAGAGCGUGAUUGACCCAAGAAGAUUGGACUCCCAUACGUCCCGAUCUGGCACAGUGGCUGGGGAUCUCCUAAGAGCACUGGAUGCGUCGGAUUCUGGAGGCCAGCGUACUCGUCAAGAGGAUAGCUAUCAAAGUCCGUUGACCGGAGAAGAAACCCAGGUUCUAGAGGCGCUGCAAGAGCACAGGAGACGGAGAGAGCAGAGAGCGGCCGCGGCUAGGGAAUUGAUGAGGCACCGAUACAGUUCGACAGCUGCAACCCCAUAUUUGGCCAGGACCGUCGCAGCGGCUGGGGCGGAGUCGAGGCCGGCAGUACCACCGCCGCCUGCGCAGUUGACUGACGGUGAGAGAGAACGAGAAUUGGAACGUCGCGUGGCCAGGGUGCGAGCAGCGCGUGGGAUGGAGCCGAGGCCGGCAAUACCGCCGGCGCCUGCGCAGUUGAACGAUAGGGAUAGAGCGCGCUGGGAAUCGGAGCGUCGCGAUGCGUUGGCCGACUUUUUGAUUGGCGAAGCGUCUAAUCCUAUCGAGGAACCAUCAUCACGCUUUGGGGGGCAGACAUUGAACCCCGUGACCAGGAUGCAUGUGCAUAUGCAGCGAGUUCAGGAGAGGAAUGCGCGCGAAGAGCGCCUUUCGCGACAAAGGAGAGGACAGGAUGGGCGGCCGGGACGGAACGAGGAAGCAGCCUCGCAAGGGCAGGAACAAGAGGCCAGACGAAAUGAUGACUUUGCAGGCCAAAGCCGAGAGCAGAACGUUGACGCACACAGGGAGCUUGUUCAGAGGUUUCUCCGUGACGGUGAGGAGGAAACGCCAUCUUCAAGCGCCACUACGGAGCGCUAUUGGACGGAACGAUAUCGAGCCAGCGUUGGGACGGCUGCAGACUCAAACGCAGCCUCUAGAGUCGACCCUGGGACGACACAAACCAGGGCUUCGACCACACAAUCUGAUUCGGCGCGAGAUCCUGACUGGAUGGCGGGACUCCCUAUCCCAAUUCAGCUUCCAGGUCGUCGGUUAAACAACGCUGCCCGUGCGACUACUAGUACUGACAGUACGACUGGCAACACGCGAAUAAGCAGCUGGGGUGAAUUGGGCGCUCUCUACGGGGCCAUGUCCAACAUUGCCGUUUCCAAUCACCAACCCGGUGGAAGUGAACUUCCCAUCUAUAUGAACGAAACGACCGCGGAGCCUCGGCAGACUUCGAGCAACAAUACGGCAACCGUUGCAUCGCUGAGGGACCACGCGUUGAGGGACCACGAGGCAGCUUGGUUUUCGUUAUUGAGGCAGGUCGGUAUGCACACAAACAGAGCCAGUACCAGGACGGUGGGCGAUGAAACUGCUGGAUUGACCUGGAGUGACGACGGAUCAACUUUAUACGUGGGUGCCGUGGACGGCAUAUAUGAGUUUCACGUGGACAUCCAGGCACGCAAGUUUAAUCCAAGCAUUGAACUGCGCUGACAGAUCCCACGCCGCGUUUUCUUCAGCCCCAGGAAACGAAUGUGCUUUAACGAUGUGAUGCGGAUUUUUAUGGAUAUCUUCAUGUUUGCAAGAGUUCAACUUUGUUUCUUAUGACUGUGAUAUUAUACCCCCCAAAAGUACAGCCAUCAUCAUAUUGUAGCGUUCUAUCGUCUUGUUUACUUAUUGCAUGUAUUGCACCAUGUCUUAUAAUUAUUUGUAUCUUAUGUUUGCCACUUGGUGAAUUAGUAUUUUAGGGAACCGGCAAGGUUAGGAUCAGCAGAUUCUGAAUUGAAGAAUGGCUAUAAACUAUUACUUG